CCCAAUUCGUCCAGCUCCGUGCCCCUCCACAUGCGGAACACUUCCGAGGCACACACGCCCUACCGUAACCACGCCUUACGAACUACAACCCCAACAUCUACCUUCUAGCCUCUUAUUCCCUUCCAAUCUGAAGCUAAAUAGCCAGCUUCCUAGGCCCCACAUCCCGCUCGCAUGCCACCUCUCCUCCGGCCGCGCUUCCACAUUUCCACCACCGCGACUACAACGCUCAAGACCUUCGGCGUAACUCCUCCUGUUACCUGUCGAUCGAUACCAAGGCUUUUCCGAGCGAUACCCCUACAAUUGAGCAGAACAAUGGCGUCAAGCAGUGCCCCGCUGCAGGAAUGGCUCGUCAUUGCGCCGGAUUUUCCGAACUCGAUGGAUAAGCGGUUGAGCGUGAGGCAACAGCACUUGGGCGGAUUGAAGGAGGAUCCGGAGACGUUCUGGCUGUGGGGCGGCGCCAUGCUCGAAGAGCCCAUUAAAGAAGGCGACACCAAUCCACCGAAGAUGAAGGGCUCGGCGAUGUUGAUCGGCGCGAAGACGAAGGAGGAGGUCGUUGAGCGGCUGAAGAAGGACGUCUAUGUCACGGGCAAGGUGUGGGAUUGGGAGAAGGUGAUGAUUAUUCCGUUCAAGUCUGCGCUGAGGAAGGCGUUGUAGGGCGAGUAGGGGACCUGAGAAGAUGGAUGUGUGGAACGAAAACGGGCCGGGUAGAGCCAGGGAGGAUGCAGCAUUAAAAGGACCAGGAAACGGGCCACCUAGGUAUAAAGAACUAGCAUUGCGGCGAUGAUCGCAUUGAAUGAGUUUACGACUCUAGACAGGGUAUCACUUUGUGCUAUGCAAUGAAAAAGACGCCAAAGACGCCC